AAGGUAAUUGGGCCGGCCCAGUUGGCUGUGUUGGCAAUUUCUCGUUUUCUUGACUCGUGCGGAACAUAGACGUGGCGAGUGUAGUUCGGAGGGAAAUCCAAAUCGCUUUUACUACUACGGCAAACCAGAGACAAAAAAGAAACUGAACUGAGCCUUACACGGUGUUCUAUCCGCCAAUGGCCGCAACUUCAACUGACCAAACCCUAAACCCUCCCCUCCAAGACCCCCGCCCCGCCGGCCCACCUGUCGAAGCAGCACCGCCCUCCACGGUGGACGGCGUCGAACCAGGCGAGAAGCGAAAGCGAGCGGAGAACGAAAACGAUGCGGGAGGAGGAGGAGAAGGUCGGGAUCGCCUGUGGAAGACGAGCCUCUGCUCAUACUUCCGGCGUUCGAACGGCGUGUGCAGACAUGGCGAGGGCUGCCGGUACGCCCACGGCGAGGCGGAGCUCCGGCCCCGACCCGAUACCACGUGGGAUCCGACUUCCGAGCGGGCAAAGGAGAUGUUGAAUGCCGACGACGAUGCUGAGGAGAAGUCGAAGCCAGUGGGCGACGCCGUUGAAGGAGUUGGCGAUGUUCUGAUGACGGACGCUCUGGAUGACGACUCUUCCGACCCCGCUCUAUCGAAGUGCUUGGUGAAUCUCCCCAUGAAGUGGACUGCGGACAAAUUGAGGGCUUUUCUUGCCGAGCAGGGUGUUGUCUAUAAAUCAGCCAAGAAAAAAAAAGGGAUGAGUGUUGGUUUUGUGAAUUUUGAAAGUGCACAACAAGUAGAGAGGGCAACAGAGGAGCUGGAUGGAAGAUCUGUUGGCAACAAGAAUUUAAAGCUUGCAGAUGUUAUUCCCCGGUCAUUUGAGAAGAAAAUUAAAUCAGCUGUAUCUGCAUCUUCAAACAGCUGCGAAGAUGUUGAUACAAAUGAUGAUGGUUCAAAACCUGAUUCUUCUGCUUUGAAGGCAAAAAGUGCCCGUGAUGUAGUGACUCCACUUGCAUAUAUGCCUUACAUUGAUCAGCUGGAGCACAAGAAGAACAAUCUCAUGCAAACUCUCAAAAAACUAACUAGGAAUGCACGCAAAGCUUGUCCUCACGGUGUUUCGCUUCCUGAUUGGAUUCUUGAAUCUAAAGAAAUAGGCGGUCUUCCAUGCAAAUUUGAGGGUAUAGUUGAAUCCCCUCUCAUAAAUGGGUACCGGAACAAAUGUGAAUUUUCAGUUGGAUAUUCUAUACAAGGAAAGCCAACUGUAGGGUUUAUGCUUGGGAACUUUAGAGAGGGUGUGACAGCUGUUGAAGAACCUACAGACUGCCCAAAUGUUUCUAGAAUUGGCUGCAAAUAUGCUACAAUCUUUCAAGAGUUUCUAGAAAAUUCAGCAUUACCAAUUUGGAACAGAUUGAAUAACACUGGAUUUUGGCGCCAGUUAACUGUACGGGAAGGACGCUCUUCAAGCAAGGUUGCCGAUUUCCAAAACUCUGAGGGAAAAAAUUCAGAGGUCAUGCUCAUUGUUCAGGUUUGCACACUGGGCUUUGAGGAUGGAAUAAUUAACAGGGAAUUUGAGAGGAUGGCUCAAGCAUUUUCUCUCGGAGCUUCUACUGAUUCUUUACCCCUGACUGCCUUAUUAGUUCAGGAUCACCAGGGGAUAUCAAAUGCAGCCCCAGCAGAUGCUCCUUUGCGUUCACUUCCUAUUCCUAAAGCGGAAAAUCACCCUGGACAGGAGGCAGCAAAUGAUGGGGCAGAAGCAAGGAUUCAUGACUACAUAAGCAAUCUUUGUUUUUGUAUAUCUCCAACAGCUUUUUUUCAAGUAAACACACUUGCUGCAGAGAAGCUAUAUUCGCUUGCUGGGGAUUGGGCUGGUUUAGGUCCUGAUACCUUGCUUUUUGAUAUAUGCUGUGGGACUGGAACAAUUGGCCUUACAUUAGCUCAUUGUGUUGGUAAGGUCAUUGGCAUUGAAAUGAAUGCUUCUGCUGUUUCCAGUGCUACAAGGAAUGCUGAAAUCAAUGGCAUCAAGAACUGUAGCUUCAUAUGUGCAAAGGCUGAGGAUGUGAUGGGAUCUCUCUUAAAGCAGCACCUAAAUUCACCUCAGAAACAAGAUAGAAAUGUCGAUUCCUCUGAAAGCAACUGUGAAGAACCUAAAUAUAUUGAAAAGAACAUUGCCCCCUUGGACAAUUUAGUAGAUUGUGAAGAUAGGACAAGCCUUGAAGUUGAAAAUGAUGGAAAUGCAUCUGUGUGCGUUGAAAGUAGUAGCCAAGGACCUGGUGACCAAUCUCAGAACAACUGCACUUCAGAAAACAGUACCCCUUCGGUGCAGCAAUUCAAAAAUGUUGUUGCUAUUGUUGAUCCUCCACGUGUUGGACUUCAUCCUACUGUGAUCAAAGUUCUGAGGACUCAUCCACGUUUACGGAGACUUGUGUACAUUUCCUGUAAUCCUGAAAGCUUAGUUGCAAAUGCUAUUGAACUCUGCACACCAUCUGCUGACAAAAUCGAGAAAGGGAACAAGAACAACAGGGGAUGGAGGCACAUGAGCAGUGCUGGCUUGGCACGGCAUAGGGCCAAAUCUAUGCCCAACUCAGAGCCUUUUCGACCCGUCAAAGCCACGGCUGUCGAUCUUUUCCCUCAUACUCCACACUGUGAGCUGGUAAUGCUUCUGGAGAGGUAAACAAAAUAAUUAUAUUCAGAGAUGACUUUUAUUUAACGUUCUUGCUUAAAAAUUUUGUACUUUUUCUUGUUCUUUCUUACUAUGUAGUUCCUUUUCAACCCAAUGGUCUCCAGACCUGGGAAGUUGUAUUUCUACUGAAAUUAAAAUAAAGCGAUUAUUCAAUGA